CCCUACUUGUCCCUCUACACUCAAACCUCACGGUUGUUCCACUUCUAUUGGAGCCUUUUGCUUCAAUACGAAACACCAGAGCCACAACAGUCUAUACCCUACAGCCAACCAACCCUUUUCACUAUUAAUCUCGAUUCAAACUUGUACUUCAUGCAUUACACACUUGUACUUUUGUAAAAACUAUUCACAUAUCUAGAGCACAUGGAUGGCAAAUAUAUUACUAUAAAAGGCAAGCUUUAGUACUCAAAUUUACAAAUUUAUCUACCAAACCCUAAAUCAUUCUAUGAAACACUCUUUUCCUUACAAUUUUUGUGCUUCUCAUUCAUUCCUACCCAACUCACGAUACGCCUUUAAUCGCAAAGUAGCCUAUAUUAACGGUUGUAACACAGUUUCAAUUCGUGGGUAGCUUCGAUCUUGUUUGUUUUCGAGAGAAGCUUGUCAUUUUACUUCAAGAAUGUCCGCGAGUAUCAUGCUUUCAUCCCAACCCAAGAAGCCGGUCCAUCAUAGGAACGGUUCAGACGAGCUUGACGUGUUUGAAGCCGCUGGUUAUUUCUCGGGUGUCACUGAAAGCUUCAAAGACACCCAUAAAAACAUAAGUGGCGGAUCCAACAGUUUUAGUAACAAUACACAAAAGUAUAACAUGAGGCCUAUAAGAAGAAUGAGCCUUGACAUGCCAAACCAUAGAGGUAAUUCCUCUCCCUUACAAGCAAGGUUGAUAGAGAAUCCCACCAUGAUGGGCAAAGAGAAGAAGUUCAAGCAACCAAGCUCACCAGGAGGCAAAUUGGCUCAUUUCUUGAAUUCUCUUUUCAACCAAACAUCUUCAAAGAAGUCAAAGUCCAAGAAAAAGUCAACAAAGGAUGAAGAUGAGAGUCCUGGUGGCUGGAAAAGGACGAGGAGGAGUAGCAUGAGCCAUCUGAGUAGUGUGAACACCACCACCACCACCGCCGCCACCGUCGGAACCGCCACCAUUGUGAGCAAUGAUAAAUCUUCCUUUUCAACCUCAGGCUUUAGAACACCACCUCCUUAUCAUGUAACACACACCUCCACAAAGAUUACAAGCUACAUAGACCCAAUAAGCUAUGCAUAUCUCAAGCCUCCUCCACGUCAAAUUACAAAAAUACCCCUCACUGAAAACCUCAACAAGAUUGAAACUUUCAACUUAAAGAGUGAUUUUCCUGAGAAAAACAUGAGUUUUGGAAAUGGGGUUGUGGAGAAAGUAAAGAUUCUUGAUGAAAAACAAGAAGAACAUCAUCCUUUUAAGUAUGUUUCAAGAGAAGAUGUAAAAGAAUUCAAGAAGUUUAAUAAUGAUGAUGAUGAUGGUGCAGACAGUGAUUCAAGUUCUGAUCUUUUUGAGUUAACAAAUUGUGAUUUGGGUUAUUAUUCAAGAGGUUUACCUGUUUAUAAAGCCACCCAUAUGGGUAGCAUCAAGACUCAAGAGAGGUGCACCAAUGUCGAGCUAAGUGUGUGAUCUCAACCAAUAAGUGGUGGUUCAUUGGUAAAGGUAAAGCCUUUAAACAUCUUGGGAGAGGGAGGUCUUGGGUUCAAGUCGAUAGGAAUAAAAGAAAUUUUCCGUUAAAAAAAAAAGUGUGUGAUCUCAGGUUCAAACUUAGAGUCUACGAAACCCUAAUCUUUGAUCUUUCGCAUUAUAUAUUUAUUUACUACAAGUAGAGAUUUUUAUGUUCGUUACUCAAUUUAACUACCCUAGCUGUUAUUUCCUUGAUCACAAGUUAUUCGUUUUUAUAUAUUAAUGGCGUGCAAUGAUAGUAACAUAUGUC